CUCCAAACCGACGAGCCGAAAACUUUGAAACCGCGUUUUUAAGUUCUUGAUAUUCGCUAAAACGGAGCUAUGGCGCUACAGCGAGUUGGAAAACGGACUUCUGCCGUCCUUUCCGUUGAGUUGAGAGCGUUUAUUGGAUUUUAAAUGGGCGUUCAGGACGUUCCCUCAGCGCUCCGUUGCCAACAGAGCUUUUCAUCCAAAAGAGAGCGGAGGCGAGGCAGGGUGGAUGUUUACGGCAUAAUCUGAUCAUUUGGAUUACUCGGCCGUUCACCUAGAUGUCGGCUGCAGUGGGAGUUCGCCUUUUACGUGAAGUGAAGUGAUGGCGACGAGUCGGAGGAACCCGGAUGAAGAGGAUGCGGCGAAUUAUUCCGCUAAAAUCCCACUUUGUGAGGAUGUGGCGGAUCAGAACAAGUCUGCAGCUGCGCUGUUCCAGCUGGAGGAGGAGCCCUUCUCCUGGCCGGGGCCGAAAACACUGCGUCUUCGCCGAACCUCGAUGGGUUUUGGCUUCACUCUGCGCCACUUCAUCGUCUACCCGCCAGAGUCUGCCAUACAUUCUACUUUCAAGGAUGAGGACAGUGACCGUAGAGGGCGACCGCGAAACAGGCUAGAACCCAUGGACACAAUCUUUGUGAAGCAGGUGAAGGAGGGAGGACCUGCCCAUGGUGCCGGACUCUGCACAGGAGAUCGUAUAGUGAAGGUGAAUGGCGAGAGCAUUAUUGGGAAGACCUAUUCCCAGGUCAUUGCACUGAUCCAGAACAGUGAAACCUUUCUGGAGCUGUGUGUGAUGCCAAAAGAUGAAGACAUCCUUCAACUGUUUUCACGGGAGAUCUCUACUGUGGCCUACUCCCAGGAUGCCUACCUUAAAGGUCACGACGCCUACAGUGGAAAUGCUCGUCACAUCCCAGAGCCACCUCCCGUAUGUUACCCUCGAGUAGACUGUAAACCCCUCGGGAUGACUGAGGCCACAGACACCACGCCAGCCCCAGGCGGACCUCCGUCUGACUUGGGAUACCGUAUGGAAAUACCUGUGCCCCCUUCACCUCCCCCACGGGUCCCAAAGACUCAGACAGCUGUAUGCAUGCGCAAUGAAAGCGUGCGGACAGUGGUGGUGUCGCCCGACAUCCACAUGGGUGCUGCCGUUAGGGGAGACUACAUAGGUCACAUAGGUCCAGAUCCAUUAUUAAUGAGGGGCAGACCCGGGACAGUGUCUGGUGGCCGCCCACCUUACCUUCACGCUCGCAAAACUGACGUGUACCCUCCGGGUUACCAUGGAGAUCCUUAUGCCAUUCCGCCUACUCACUAUUCUCCCGCCGCCUCCUCCUCCGCCAUCUCUCCGGCCUCCCACCAGAACAUCGACUGGAGGACUUACCAGACUUAUAGGGAGUACAUCGACAACAAAGGCCUCCAUGCUUACAGCCGGACUAUUCAGGAGAGGCUGGACAGCCUUCGAGCGGCUUCCCAAAGCCCCCAUAGCACUUCCCACUGUGCACCACCACCCUCAUGGGGCAACAAGAUUCGACGCCGGAGCACGUCUCAUGAUCGGUCCUACCAGGGGCCUCCCCUGCUUCCACCUCGCAGUGCCUCACAGGACAGGAUGAGUGGGGCGGAAAGAGCGGCUCGGGCUAGAGAAUGGCCUCCCCGUAGCGUAUCUUCAGAUGGGAUCCUCCGGAAACCUUGUAUUCUUUCCUCAGACUACGUAGAGCAUGGCGAAGUCGUUCCUGGCAUGCCUUGGCCUGGGGAUUGGAGGGUUUAUGGCAGAAUGGAGCAGGGUGGUAGUCGUCCCAGUCGGCAGUCUCUUCCCCAGAGAGCAGUGCUCUACUCCCACCCUGCCGGGUACGGAAAUAGUGUCAGAGGUAGAGCUGCUCCCCAUCAGCUGACCUCUAGGACAGACAUCCCACCCCCUCCUAUUCCCUCUGAGAGACUGUCACGUGUUAGCAAAAACCAGGCCAAAGAGCCCCCCCAGUCUAAAGACCAAAGAACCACCGCUGUGGUGAGUAAUCAUGUUUCUGUCUCAGCGUCCCUGGGCCAGCAGUCUAGGGUUCGAGCGGAGACCAUGCAGAACCUGGAAACAGGUAGAGAGAACUCAGUGGCUCAAAGGUCAGCCUCCUGCUCUGCAGCUCCCCCUCCGAGACAGGCUGGGCCUCUGGCCCAGAGGGGACACCCACGGGACCUCAAGGGUCUGCCGCUAAACGGCCGGAGUCCGAUGGAAGGCGUCGUUUUGCGGGAGAAGCCUCUUGCUGGGAAGAAUGCACCCCAGCCACUCCGCCACCCGUCCUACAUCCUGGCUGUGAAUGACACUGACGGGGCGGAGCCAGCAGGGGGCGCCGUGUGCUGGCUGCCCAACGACGCACGCCGAGAAAUGCACAUGAGGCGACUGGGCGAGCAGCAGGACUCCUCCUUCUGCUCCAGCAACCUGGACGAAUCACUCGACUCAAUCCCCUUCAUCGACGAGCCUGCCAGUCCCAGCGUCGAUCAUGACGGCAGCCACAUUCCAGCUUCGGCUGUGAUCUCCACAGCUCCAGCUGUAAAGACGGACACCCCGAGUCCAAAAACGCCCAGUCCACACAUGCGCCGACAGCUCUCUCAUGACCAAGAGUCCCUUAGAAACGCUAUCCUGGAACAAAGUGGAGCCAAAACCGAACGCUCCAAGUCUUAUGACGAAGGUUUAGACAACUACAGGGAGGAGGGACGAGGGCGAUCCAGUAAGCCAAGUCUGAGGGUCUUUAAGAAGGCAUUGGAUGGUCACAAGUCCUCUGAUGACUCUAGCUCCAGGAGAGAUUCUUCUUCAGACAUUUUCAGCGAUUCCUCCAAAGAGGGCUGGCUACACUUCAGACAGCUCAACACAGAAAAGACUAAACGUGUGGGCGGAGGCAUGCGUCCGUGGAAACAGAUGUAUGCGGUGCUGCGAGGCCACUCCCUCUACCUGUAUAAGGAUAAGAAGGAAGGGCUGGCUCAUGCCAGCUCUCAGCUUGAAGAUGAUCCUCAGCCAGUCAGCAUCAAAGCCUGCUUGAUUGACAUCUCUUACAGCGACACCAAAAGGAAAAACGUCCUGAGGCUGACCACGUCGGACUGCGAGUACCUGUUCCAGGCGGAGAGUCGUGACGACAUGCUGUGCUGGAUCAGAGUCAUUCAGGAGAACAGCAAUCUGGACGAGGAGAAUGCGGCCGUGACGAGCGCCGACUUGAUCAACAGGAAGAUCAAAGAGUACAUUUCCAUGAGUGCCCCUCCCAGCAAGACAGAGCCUUCCCCAAAAGCCUCGCGACAGUCCCUCAGCAUCAGACACACACUGCUGGGGGUCACAGGCAAUAAGAGUCAGAGUCCGCACUCGCCCCGUAACGAGCAGGAGAGGAGCAGCAAAGAUGACUCCAGUCCACCGCGGGACAAGGCUGCGUGGAAGAGAGGGAUACCAGGGCUGAAAAAGAAGCCCACCGAGAAGAAGCCCACUGCAGGGGUCACUUUUGGAGUGAGGCUAGACAACUGUCCCCCUGCCCAAAACAACAGAUUUGUGCCUUUGAUAGUGGAGGUGUGCUGUAAGCUGGUAGAAGAACGAGGGCUGGAGUACACAGGCAUCUACAGAGUGCCCGGAAACAAUGCUGCCAUCUCUAGCAUGCAGGAGGAGCUCGACACCAAGGGAAUGACUGACAUCGACAUACAGGAUGAUAAAUGGCGAGAUCUUAAUGUGAUCAGCAGUUUGCUCAAAUCCUUCUUCAGAAAACUUCCAGAGCCCCUGUUUACUAAUGAAAAGUAUUCUGACUUUAUUGAAGCCAAUCGAACAGAAGAUGCUGUCCAGCGAUUAAAAGCACUGAAGCGGCUGAUCCGUGAGCUGCCUGACCAUCAUUACGAAACACUGAAGUUCCUCUCUGGACAUCUGAAAACGGUCUCUGAAAACUGUGAGAAGAAUAAGAUGGAGCCGCGUAAUCUGGCUAUUGUGUUUGGACCGACGCUGGUCAGAACCUCGGAGGACAACAUGACCCACAUGGUCACUCACAUGCCUGAUCAGUACAAGAUAGUGGAGACUCUCAUUCAGCAAUAUGACUGGUUCUUCUCAGAGGAUGGAGAUGAGGAACCUAUAGCCGCCGUGGAGCAGGAGAGCACAGUCCAGUCUCAGCCUGUUCCUAACAUCGACCACCUGCUGACCAACAUCGGCCGCACGGCUCCAUCACCGGGAGACGUCUCAGCAGAUUCAGCAACCAGUGACUCUGCCAAAUCAAAGCAGGGCUCCUGGGGGUCUGGUAAGGACCAGUAUAGCAAAGAGCUGCUGCGCUCCUCCAUCUUUGCCAGCCGCAAGCGCAAAAAACCCAAGCCUCAGCCGAGCAGCUCCGACGAUGACCUAGAUGCCGUGUUCUCCAGCAAGGAGCUUCAGGAGGAAAGCGACCCUAACUGGCCCACCGACGACCAAACCGAGGAAGCUGAAAGCGAGGCUGGGGUCAGUGACCACCUUGAAAGGUCUGAGGAUGUGGAACGUUGCAAAGAACUGAGCACUGUAGUUGUCUCUAGUGAUCAGCAGCUUCCGUCGGUGCUUCUACCCCUACAAAACAUACAGUCCAUCAAAAAAUCCCCCACUCUAAACUACCGUUCUCAGAUGGCUCGUCAGAACUCCCUCUCAGAUCCCCCAUCCAACUACGAUGAAGGGUGUGUCUCGGACUUGGGAACGCUGAACAGCACCAGUUCCCAGGCCUCGUGUCCGAGGACCAGGCAGGGCAGGACACUGGGCAACUGGGCGGAGAGCCUAGGAGCAGCAGAGGUUUGCUCAAUCACCUCGGAUUACUCUACUACUUCCUCAAUGACCUUCCUGACGGGAGUGGAGUCCAGCGCAUUGAGCCCAGAGGUACGCUCAGUGGCCGAGAGCAGAGGGGAUGAUGCAGAUGAUGAGAGGAGCGAACUGAUUAGUGAAGGAAGGCACAUGGAGACAGACAGCGAAAGCGACCUUUCAGUCUUCGCGGCUUGCAGAGAUAGCAUUCCAGCAGAGGAGAGCAGCCUAGCAGAAGAUAGAGCCACACCUAUGCAAGAUGCUCCAAGCCUCAUAGCAUCCCACCGCAUCAUAGCUUGCGAUACCCUGUCCCGUAAGAGAGGGAGCCGGCAGAAAACGGACAGCGAGUCUUCAACCGAUGGUGGACGCAGUGAAAAAGAAUCUGGCAGGAUGUCCAGGAUGCUGGAGCCGGUCAAAAGCAGACCAAGUGCCAGCCCAAAUCUGUCUCGUAGCGAAUCGGAAAGAGAGAGAUUUGAACCCGUUUGGCGCCUCAAGAUCACAGACAGGCUCAAGUGCCGGCUGCGGUCGUCUGCAGAUGACAUGUUUGGAGUGGGAUCCCAGCGCACCAGGUCGCCUGAGACGCGCAGCAAGAGGAAGACCAACAUCCGGCGGCGGCACACCAUGGGCGGCCAGAGAGACUUCGCAGAACUUUCGGUCAUUGGCGGCUGGCAAGAGACAGGGGGUGCUGAGCUCUCGGCCAUGGAUCGCUUGAAGCCCAAAUGUAGCUCCCAGGACUUCUCCAUCACGGACUGGAUAGUGCGAGAGCGCCACCGUUCCAGCAACCCAGAGGUGAGUCUGGACACUCUGGACUUGCAAGCUUCCCGGACCCUGGACUUGUUUUCUGCUGGGCCCUCGCGCUCCUUCUCCAACACCAUGCAAAUGCUAAACGGAGAUGCGGCUGCCUCUCAGAGCAAAGGCCUCGACGCCCACCCACACAAACUCUCGGGCACCCAAGUGGUGCGGUCCCGUUUCUAUCAAUACCUGUGAAAGAGUGGUCUGUAUGGGUGAAUGUUUGAGGAGAUGUCUGUGGGUGUGCGAAUGAAGGUCUUUAGUGAUGAAUGUUUGAUGAAUUGGGUGUGUUUUUAAGGACCUUGAGCGUCUGCGAGGUGAGAGAGAGAAGCUUUUUAUAUGUGCAAACGGUACUGACGCAGUUCUUUGACAGGCAAGGGGACUUGAGUGAAAUUCACUCGCUCCCACUGACUCUGGAUCUGCUCUAAUUUCCUCCCUCUAAUCAAUUUACACAUUGACCUAUGGUCACACGGUGAAGAGAUGCAUCUCUCCCGUUAGACCUGGUGAACCCCUAGUAUUGCUGGAAGACUGCAUGGGCUACAGUUCCACUGUAAUUAAGGUGCGAGAGGGUGGAGUUGUGGCAGAAACUCGACGUCGAGGCAAGAUUCAAGCCCGAAGGUUCUCGGAAGUAGGUCAUAAUAGGGUUGAAUAGGAUGUUGAUCAGACAGGCUUUAGUGUCUUUAAGUAUUGCUAGACUUUUGUUGCAAGUGUAAGGAGGUCUUCUCAGUCAUGAUUGGUCCUUCCGUAACCCAAAUGAAGAAUGUAUCUUAUCUGCUUGCUGUAAUACUUUAGAAAAUGCGUACCUGCGCGUGUCUUUAUUUUUAAGUGUACAUAGCCCCCUCCCCUUCUCUGUACUUGAAAUGGUUCCUCCUUUCCUCCACCCACUUUUUUUUUUAGUUUUUUUUCGGGCCUGUUUCCGGAUUGCUUCGCGUGCCGUGUCGUGGGAUAGUGAGUACUUUUUAAUUUUUCUUUUAAACCAGCGCGUGGCAGGAGCCAGACUCUCUGCUCAUGACGACGAGAACUGAUCAGCUUUUAGGAUGAAAGUAUACCAAACGCCUCUCCGAUGCAAUAUGCAGCGUAGCCUAUGUAUUGUGUCACAAUGACCAUCAGUUCCUUCAAAAAAAAAAAAAAAAAAGGAGAAAACGUUUGGGAUAAAGCUGGAUUAUUAAA